AUGAGUUCCAUAACGCCCCAAUCCUUUGUCGACGAUGGCGGAUCCUUCACCAAGCGCAUACCUCGCGGUCUCGAUCAGCGCUACGUUGCGCGUUGGAUCGCUAGAAGCAAAUCAGAGACCUCAGCCUACACGGGCAGUUUUAUCGAUGACGGCGCGGACAUGCAACUCCCUCCUGGAGUAGCACCAGGCUUUGGUCCAAUCGACACACGAUUUUACAAGCAGAAGAAACGAAAGGAAUCCAGAGAUGGCGUGGAGACAGUGUGGAAUGAUGACGUGCAAAAGGCGAUCAGCGGAGAUAUACAACGGAACUUGGAGAAGAUAAGGGGAUUGGGUGGACUGGAAGUUAAGCGGACGGAUCGUGAUGGCUAUCAGGACAAGAAACCUAGGGAUCAAGAGAAGGCGAAGAAAGAUACUGUGACUGUCCCUAUGCCACCUCAAUGGGGAACCUUCGUCAUCAAAGCAGAUGAUGGUCGCAUUAUCGUUGUAGACAAAGAUGGUGAGUUUGACUCCGGACCACAGAAGGCUCUCAGUGAGCAACCAAAACAUUGGGUCAAAGCAGCAUCUACCGUCGAGUCGGCCUCUCUGGCCAAAGGUCUGGUUCCACAUUCUACACCGAUGCAUCGCAUGUCUUCCCGUCAGACAAAAGAACGUUCGAAACAGAAGCAGAAACAAAAGAGUGGCACUGAGAAGAGUAUGAGAAACAAUAAGUCUCGUCGCUCGCAUCUCUCAUCAUCCAAGACACUUACACCCAUCUCCGAAUCAGAAUACGAAGAAGGCUACCUGCACUCUGAUGGCGAAGACAUGGGUUCGCCGACGGGUUUUAUGAUGACGGGUGGAGCGAGCGGUUGGCCCUCUAGCAGAGCUACAUCUGUAGCUCCUACAGCCGUAUCCGUGAGCGACGCGUACGAAUACAUUGUGCCAGGAUCUCCAGUCAAGGCCAUCAGUAAGGGAUUCAGAUAUGUCAGACCACGCUCACAAGAUUACAAAGACAUCGUUCCGGCGUCGAACUCCUGGAUUGAGAAGAAAGUGUCUCCUGACAUAUUGUCAGUCAAAGGAGAUACGAAGGUAUUGUCAGAGGCAUCUUGGGAUGGUGGGCAGUUUGAAAGUGCAUGGAAAGUCGCCAGUCCAAGUCACUCAUGCAAGAGCCACAGAUCGACCCAUACUAGCAACAAGUCGCCAAAAUCCAAGAACGACUCGGACAGUGCUUCAGGGAAGAGUCAUACAACGUACAAAGCGUCUACAGUUGAAGAUGCGUCAGGAGAGGAGGACUAUAUUGCGACUGGAUGGGGCGGUAGUGUGAAGAGCACUGGAACUCAAGGUUGGGGUCGUGACCAAAAUAACAAUGAGAGGAGUUCUAGUAGUAAGAAAGAAGACAGAGAAUCUGCGUGGACGUCGUCUGCAAACACGCCUCACCCACAUACCUGGGCAGGUGUGGGCAGCAAGUCUUCAAGCGAGCGAAGCUGGAGCAAGAGACCCAAAGCCACUGACAAUGCUAGUUGGACCGGUGUCGAGUCUCCUACUUUUCAGCGAAUCGCUAACAGUCCUACGUCUGUACAUUUUGGCAGUCCGACACUUCCCUCGGGCGAUACUACAUGGGAUGGUCUUGAGAGAAACAAAUCAACCAGUGAGGUCGGUGUCGUAGACACAGGAAGUGAGCAUGCGUCUCUGGGUCGCCAAAGCCGAGUAUCAAGUCUACAGUCUGCUCGUCGAAGUCACGGUAGCCAUGAUACCCGUAGAAGUCAUAGAAGCAGCAAGCACGUACAUACUACAGGCUGGGAAGACGGUCAAGCAGGUUGGGCGGGCGGAAGUCAGACUAGCCAUCUGAGCCGACACUCCCAACAACCUGACGAUGCACCCAUUUGGCCUGGUAGCCGUGCCAUUAGCGAACAGAGCUGGAGUAGUCAGAAGGCUCGUGUUGAUGACGACAGCGGAGGCCAAUGGGGUGGUGCCGAUCAAGAUGUGGGGAAAUACGCGAAUGGAUAUGAUGAGGACAACGCGACAUAUCUAAACGAUAAUUGGAAUGGUGUUCCGGUGAGGGUUGGGAGUCGCGCGGGGAGCAAGAGCCCGAGGCAGAGUAGUGCCGCGACGGGCUGGGUGUAA